AGCCCAAAGUUACUGCACUGUACCUAGCAAAACCAGAUCAUCAACAAAUCGUCAUAGCUUUACCUCUGCCUUUAUUUCCUGUCAUCUUCCUCAAUUGAAUACCCUACGUUCUUUCAUACUGUCCGAUCUUGGCUCUUAGCGAUCGGGUAUCCCGACUGUCAAAAUUCCCAUAGUAUACCAAGAUCCCGCCUUGCCAUUACUACCUAACCUUGCACUCCAUCCUUCUCUCUAAGCAUCAGGCGGCAGACUUUAUCAAAAUGCCCAACUACGGAUUAUGGGCCAAGAUGUUUGGCGUCGGCGCGGCCAUGUGUAUUGGUGGACCGGCAUUGGUCAUGUGGAUAUCGCCCACGGAGGAGGAAUUAUUCCAGAGAUAUAAUCCCGAGCUGCAGAAACGUUCGCUCGAGAACCGACAAAAGAAUCAGGAGGAAUUCGACCAUUUCGUGACAAGGCUGAAGGAAUAUUCCAAAUCGGAAAAGCCGAUAUGGGACGUCGCAGAGGAAGACCGGGCGCGAACACGCGCCGACCUGCUCGAAUCCCAGCGUCUCAGCGCCGAGCAAGUCGCGCGACAAAAGGAAGAAAUCCGCCGCGCGUCUGGGUCCUGAAUAAUUAACUCUACCUUAUGUACUACUAUCAACUCUGUGUAACUAUUAUCCAUUCUAUCUUGCUAUUUUCGUUUGUUCAGUAUUUCCUGGCUCAAAAAGAACAAAUUGAGGUUUUGACAUGUGUAAUUUUACAUUGUACCAGUCGGG